UUUUCAGGGUUUCUGUUCACAUCAGUUUAUGAGUCUACUUCCGGGUCUGUUCUGGGCCAUGCGGGCACAGAUCCACACCGUCGUCCAGGUCCUGAAGAGGUUCUGAAGCAGCAGGUCUGUUCCGGAGCCGGUUCAGCUCUCACAGCUCUACAGUUAUAGAUCUAUAGAUCUAUAGAUCUAUAGAUCUAUAGAUCUAUAGCUCUGCUCCUCAGCGACCCUGUGACCUGGUGACUGAGUGACGUCACAGAAGAGCCGCUGUGUGUGAGUGAGAGUGAGCGAGAGAGAGAGAGACAGAGAGAGAGAGAGAGAGAGAGAGAGUGAGCGAGAGAGAGAGAGACACAGAGAGAGAGAGAGAGAGAGAGAGAGAGAGAGAGAGAGAGAGAGAGAGAGAGAGGGAGAGAGCGAGCGAGCGAGCGCGUGCGUCUGGACUCGUGCGCUCCCCGGUCGCGGACUCGUUCUGGACUCUCGCGCUGAAAGAACCGGAAAAGGAGUUGGGAACAAGCAUGGAGUCUGGAGCCGGAGCGGAGCAGACAGCUCCUGGGUCCAGGAUGAGCAGGCGUCAGACCCUGACCCUGGUCUCCAUGGCGUCGGUGAACUUCAGCUCCAUGAUCUGCUACUCCAUCCUGGGCCCCUUCUUCCCCUCCGAGGCCCUGAAGAAAGGAGCCAGUCAGACGGUGGUUGGAUUGAUCUUCGGCUGCUACGCCGUCUGCAACCUGUUAGGUUCUCUGAUCCUGGGCAGAUAUAUCGUCCAGAUCGGAGCCAAGUUCAUGCUGGUGGCCGGACUGUUUGUGUCGUCAGGCUGUACCAUCCUGUUUGGUCUCCUGGACCGGGUCCCGGCGGGCCCGGCCUUCAUCGGCCUGUGCUUCGUGGUGCGUUCCGUGGACGCCGUGGGCUUCGCCGCCGCCAUGACCUCCACGUUCGCCAUGACGGCAAAAAUGUUCCCGGACAACGUGGCCACUGUUCUGGGCAGUCUGGAGAUCUUCACGGGUCUGGGUCUGAUCCUGGGCCCGCCGGUGGGGGGCUGGUUCUACCAGUCCUUCGGGUACGAGGUUCCCUUCCUGCUGCUGGGCGCUCUGCUGCUGCUGAUGGUUCCUUUCAACGUCUACGUUCUCCCGAGCAUCGAGGCGGACCCGUGCCGGGACUCCUUCCUGCGGCUGCUGGGCCGCGGCCGCAUCCUGCUGGUCUGCUACGUGGUCUUCACCCUGAGCGCCGGCCUCGGCUUCCUGGACGCCACGCUGUCGCUGUUCGCCAUCCAGACGUUCCAGCUGUCCAGCGGCCUGGUGGGCGUGGUCAUGCUGGGCCUGUCGCUGCCGUACUGCCUGGCGUCGCCGCUGAUGGGCGUGGUCACCGACCGAUUUCCCACCAGCAGGAUCCCGCUGAUGGUGGCCGGAGGCGGAGUCACCGCCCUGAGCUUCUGCCUGCUCGGACCCGCACCCUUCCUCCACGUGACCAGUGAGCUGUGGCUGCUGGUUCUCGCUCUGGGACUCAUCGGGUUCUCUCUGGGGAUGACCGCCAUCCCAACGUUCCCCGAGAUCAUCACCUGUGCUUAUGAGGACGGGUUCCAGGAGGGUCUGAGCACGCUGGGCAUGGUGUCGGGCCUGUUCGGGGCCGUCUGGUCUCUGGGGAUGUUCUACGGCCCGGUGGUGGGCGGCCUGCUGACCCAGAACCUGAGCUUCCAGUGGGCGGCGGCGGUCCAGGGAGCCCUGGCCCUCCUGGGAGCCGUCCUGCUCGCCGUCUUCAGCCUGUGUGAGCGGCGCCGGCGCAGCAGUGACGGAGCAGCGGCGGGUGAAGGUUCUCCUCUGCUGACCGACGGAACCGGCCUGCAGAACUCGGGACUCCAUUAAAACAUUAAACUGUGG